CUUCAUCAUACACAACAAAGAUACUUUCUUCAAUAAUGCUACAAGAAGUAGAAUAGUACACCAUAUCUUACAAAGAGUGAAAUACGAAGAAGGGAAAAACAAAAUCGGUCUGAAUCGAUUGCUCAGUAAUGGCUCCUAUGAAGCUGCAUUUCCUCUUCAUGAGGGAAGUUACAGAAGUAAGAAUUCGAUAAGAACCCAUGGGGCAGAAAACCACAGACACCUGCUCUAUGAAUGCUGGGCUUCCUGGGGAGUGUGGUAUAAAUACCAACCACUGGAUCUUGUGAGGCGGUACUUUGGUGAGAAAAUUGGGCUCUACUUUGCCUGGUUAGGCUGGUACACGGGAAUGCUCUUCCCAGCUGCCUUCAUUGGAUUGUUUGUCUUUUUGUAUGGAGUCACCACUUUGAACCACUGCCAAGUCAGUAAAGAAGUCUGCCAAGCUACUGAUAUCAUAAUGUGUCCUAUAUGUGAUAAAUACUGUCCUUUCAUGAGGUUGUCAGACAGCUGCGUUUAUGCCAAGGUAACCCACCUUUUUGACAAUGGAGCUACUGUCUUUUUUGCUGUUUUCAUGGCAGUGUGGGCCACUGUUUUUCUGGAGUUUUGGAAAAGAAGGCGAGCAGUAAUUGCUUAUGACUGGGACUUGAUAGACUGGGAAGAAGAAGAGGAGGAAAUACGUCCGCAGUUUGAAGCCAAGUACUCCAAGAAAGAACGAAUGAACCCCAUAUCCGGGAAGCCAGAGCCUUAUCAAGCAUUUGCAGAUAAAUGCAGCAGACUCAUUGUUUCUGCAUCUGGAAUAUUUUUUAUGAUCUGUGUGGUGAUUGCUGCUGUUUUUGGCAUUGUUAUUUACCGUGUUGUGACUGUCAGCACUUUUGCUGCCUUCAAGUGGGCUUUAAUCAGGAAUAACUCUCAGGUUGCAACUACAGGGACGGCAGUGUGCAUCAACUUUUGCAUCAUCAUGCUACUGAAUGUGCUGUAUGAAAAGGUUGCUCUUUUCCUGACAAAUUUAGAGCAGCCUCGUACUGAAUCUGAGUGGGAGAACAGUUUCACUCUGAAAAUGUUUCUUUUCCAGUUUGUCAAUCUGAACAGCUCUACCUUUUAUAUAGCAUUCUUCCUUGGAAGAUUUACAGGACACCCUGGUGCCUACUUAAGGCUGAUAAACCGGUGGAGACUGGAAGAGUGCCACCCAAGUGGAUGCCUUAUUGAUCUCUGUAUGCAAAUGGGUAUUAUAAUGGUGUUAAAGCAGACCUGGAAUAAUUUCAUGGAACUAGGCUACCCGCUGAUUCAAAACUGGUGGACCAGGAGAAAACUACGACAAGAGUAUGGCACACAGAGGAAAACAAGCUUCCCACAGUGGGAAAAGGACUACAAUCUGCAACCUAUGAAUGCUUAUGGACUCUUUGAUGAAUACUUAGAAAUGAUUCUUCAGUUUGGGUUCACAACAAUUUUUGUGGCAGCUUUUCCACUGGCACCACUUCUGGCCUUACUUAACAAUAUUAUUGAAAUACGACUUGAUGCAUACAAAUUUGUUACCCAGUGGAGAAGACCUUUAGCUUCAAGAGCCAAAGAUAUAGGAAUCUGGUAUGGGAUACUGGAAGGCAUUGGAAUUCUUUCUGUUAUCACAAAUGCAUUUGUUAUAGCUGUGACAUCAGAUUUCAUCCCUCGCCUUGUUUAUGCUUACAAAUAUGGACCUUGUGCUGGCCAAGGCGAAGCUGGACAAAAGUGUAUGGUUGGCUAUGUUAAUGCCAGUUUAUCAGUAUUUCUGGUGUCAGACUUUGAAAACCGUUCAGAGCCAACAUCAAAUGGAAGUGAAUUCUCUGGUUCACCAUUAAAAUAUUGCAGGUACAGGGACUACAGAGACCCUCCUCACUCCCCAGUGCCCUAUGGUUACACGCUGCAGUUCUGGCAUGUCUUAGCAGCACGGUUGGCUUUCAUUAUUGUAUUUGAGCACCUUGUGUUUUGUAUAAAGCACUUGAUUUCCUACUUAAUCCCAGAUCUCCCAAAAGAUUUGAGAGAUCGGAUGAGGAGAGAAAAGUACUUGAUUCAGGAGAUGAUGUAUGAAGCUGAGCUAGAACGUCUGCAGAAAGAGCGGAAAGAAAGGAAGAAGAAUGGAAAAUCUUAUCACAAUGAGUGGCCAUGA